UGCGCUUUUGGUGUAAAUUUAGGCCUAUAGUUUUAUAUUCUAAAUGCAGCAUGAAAAGAUGUUAUAUUGUGUUGGUUUUCCACUUCUUCUUUUUUUGUUAGUACGUGGUUUUCCUCUGAAAUCCGAGACAACCUCAGUGUACAAGGUUAAUAUUAGCUGUAUUGUUUGCAUCUUUAAGAACUGACAAAUUUUUUCAUCGUAUUACAGGGAUUGUUGCCUUGCUCUCCCCAACAUUUUCUAUUUUUUCAUCUUUCUUCAUUGAUUUUAUUUCUCAUUUUUAUAAUAUUUCAUGUCAAAUGGCGAAUCAUGCUUCGUCCUCUUCUCAUUCUCAAUUCAUUUAUUGUAAUGAUUUUGAUGAUGCGUCAUUAUUAGGCGAGCUAAAUCUAGCUCCCCUUUAUGAUUUCGAGAAUGAUCUGUUAGGACCUAUUGAACCACCAAUUGGAAAUAAACCACUUUAUGAAGUAGGAAUUGCAAAUGAAAUUGAUCCGUUUGUUGACGUUGAACCCACCACUACACAUGAGCGUGUCGAUGAUGGUGAAUGUGUAGAUGUGAUGCCUGAAAAGAAUGAUAAGAAAAGAUGGGUCAAGAGGACGUUUUGUGAUUCAAGUACGGUAACUAAGGAAAUGAUUUCAAGCUUUUUCCAUUUACCAAUAAAUGAAGCAGCCGUUCAAUUGAAGAUGGGAGUUACAGUUUUAAAGGUUCGUUGCAGGGAAUUAGGAAUCUCCAAAUGGCCUCAAAAGAAGCUCUUGAGGCUGGAUGAUGACGAGGCGGCAAGAAAAAUGAAAGUUGGGGAUGUAAAGUUUAAACAAAUCUGCAGGAAAUGUGGUGUCAAUCGAUGGCCGUAUAUGAAGUUGAAAAGUAUGGAUCGACUAAUUCAAAGCGUUAAAACCAUGAGUAAGUUCAAGAAAAAAUCUAACCAGGAUGAGAGGGUUAAAGUUCUACAAAUGGAAAAAGAGCGGAUGAUGAGAGACCCAAGAGUUGAGUUUAGUUUCGAAACUAUAAAAAUCAAAAACUCUUCUUGGAGGAAGAAAAGAUAUAAGUACUUGACGAAGCUUUCUUAUUCUGCACAUGAUGCAAGUUCAUCUACAACUGUUGAUGUCAAAUCUGAAGGGAUUAAUUAAGUUCUUUAAUCUGUACGCUAAGCUUGUUAUCCUGUCUUUAAUUUUAUGAAUGAAAUUUUUAGCUACUCAU